AUGUCGGAAUCGGACGACGAAACCGACGACGCGGCGGCGGCGGCGGCCGGAGGCGGCGACGCGAUCGUGGACGACCGCGACGCCGCCGGCGACGCGAUCGUCCCGCCCUCGGACGACGCGAUCGCGGUCGUGUCGUCGCACGCGAAGCCCGUGUUCGCGGUCGCGUGGUCGCCGACGGCGCCGGACGUCUUCGCGACGGGCGGCGGCGACGAUCUCGCCAAGUUGCAUCGUCUCUCCGCCGCCGCCGACGGCGUCUCCGCGACCGUCUCCGCGAGCGUGGACCUCCGCGGGCACGCCGACACGAUAUCCGACCUCGCGUUCAACCACGACGGCGCGCUGCUCGCGUCCGGCGGCCUCGACGGCCGCGCGAUGAUCUGGAACGCGGCCACGGGCGCGGCGGUGCGAACGCUCGAAGGCCCCGGCGGCGGCUUGGAAUGGGUCCGGUGGCACCCGAAGGGGAACGUCCUCCUCGCCGGGAGCGAGGACUACACCGCGUGGAUGUGGAACGCGGACGACGGCGCCGCGAUGCAGAUCUUCGCCGGGCACUCGAACACGGUGCUGUGCGGCGGGUUCUCGCCCGACGGGAAGACCGUCGUCACCGGGUCGCACGACGGCUCGCUCAGAGUCUGGGCGCCGAGGACGGGGGAGUGCAAGACGCAAUUUUUCGGGCACCCGUACCACGACGGCCCGGUCACGUGCGUGGACUUUCAUCCCACCACGGAGGGGCUGAUGCUGACUGGAAGCGAGGACAACACCGCGCGGUUGAUCAGCGGCGUCUCCGGGAAGGUGUUGGGGACGCUGGUGGCGCACGCGGAGACGUUGGAGUGCGUCGGACUCAGGCGCGUUCUAUACACUGGUCCCCAUACGACCGCCGGCGACUUUCCGUUCGCCGCCUCCGGGGCGAUCGACGGGAAGCUCGUGUGCUGGGAUCUGAACACGCUGCAGCCGCGGAACACGCUUCAGCACGGGGGGGCUGUCAGCGCGCUGAGAUGGAUCCCGGGGACCGCGUGUUUGUACAGCUCGAGCGUGGACGGCGCGGUGCGUCUGUGGGACACGCGCGUCGGGACGUGCACGGCGACGCGCCACGGCCACGCCGGGCCGGUGUUGGGAUUCGCGACGUCGCCGGACGGCGCGCUCGUCGCCACCGCGUCCGACGACCGCACCUCGCGCGUGUUUAAGAUGGCGUAG